CCGCCCGCCGUCCGCACCCGCCGAGGUGAGCCCGGCGCGCGGGCGACCGCCGCCCCGACCCCUUCCCCGUCCGCGGAAACCGCUGCGGGCUCCACCCGACCCCCGAGCGCUGCCGCCUCUCCUUCCCCGCUUCUUCCGUCAUCCCUCGCUUCCCUGCCCUCCGCUCCGAGCAUUGAUUCUCUUUAUCCCUGGUCCUUCGCCUUUCCCUCCUUCUCGCUUUUGCUCCCCUCCCCCUGUUCCUCUCCUUCCUCCUUUUCGCCUCGUUAUCCCCCACUUUCUUCCUCUCACCUUUUUGCCCUCUUUUUUAGGCCCUUCUCCUUUUUUUUCUUAAAAAAAGGAAAACAAAAACCCUUUUGCCGCAGAUGAAAAUUUUUAGCGUAACUCUUUUGGCUCCUGCGAGAGACCUUUUAAAGGAAUGAAUCAGUGUGCAGCAACGGUGGUGGCGAGGGUACCGAGGUUCUCAGCACCUGGGAAAUCCGAUCGAGAGGUCCAUGUUUCAGUCUUCUUUCCGCUCGUGUCGUCAGUUUGGAGACACUGAGAGUGUCUGAAGCCAGUGGGUCUCUUUUUCUUCCUUAAAGUCCAAGCAGAGACUGCAGUGAGACGCGCUGCAGGGAGAGCCACCGAUUAGUUAGUGGGAAUAGUAUUAUCAUUUGCUAAAUAUAUUGUGACAUACCCUGUGCCGCCGUGAACAGCUCCCUUGACCUUGUGCGGCUCCUCCUCCCUCGCUGGCUGUCUCCCUCUGGAAUUUCCCGGAAAGAUCACCGAGAAAGACAGGACGGACUCCAGUGUGAGAAUGGCUGUGACUUUGGAAGAAGCUCCAUGGCUGGGCUGGAUCUUGGUGAAAGCCCUGAUGAGAUUUGCCUUCAUGGUCGCCAACAACCUGGUUGCUAUUUCAUCCUACAUCUGCUAUGUGAUUAUACUUCAGCCCCUUCGAGUGCUGGACAGUAAGCGGUUCUGGCAUAUUGAAGGAAUCAUGUAUAAGUGGCUUUUAGGAAUGGUGGCUUCUUGGGGAUGGUAUGCUGGAUAUACAGUGAUGGAAUGGGGAGAAGAUAUUAAAGCAAUUUCAAAAGAUGAAGCAGUAAUGUUGGUGAAUCAUCAGGCAACAGGAGAUGUGUGUACUCUGAUGAUGUGCCUCCAGGACAAAGGACUGGUUGUUGCCCAAAUGAUGUGGUUGAUGGAUCAUAUUUUUAAGUACACAAACUUUGGAAUUGUUUCUCUAAUUCAUGGGGACUUCUUUAUAAGACAGGGAAAAUCUCAUCGUGACCAACAGCUUCUUUUUCUCAAGAAGCACCUAGAAAAUAAUUACAGGAGCAGAGAUCGAAAAUGGAUUGUUUUGUUUCCAGAAGGGGGCUUCCUCAGGAAGAGGCGAGAAAUGAGUCAGACGUUUGCCAAGAAAAAUAACUUGCCAUUUCUUACACAUGUCACUCUGCCAAGGGUUGGGGCAACAAAAAUUAUUUUGAGUGCACUUGUAGCGCGACAGGAAAAUGGAAGUCCAGCAGGAGGAGAUAUUAAAGAAUUAGAAAGCAAAUCAAAAGGCCUCCAGUGGAUAAUAGAUACAACCAUAGCUUAUCCCAAAGCUGAACCCAUAGAUAUUCAAACCUGGAUCCUUGGAUACAGGAAACCAACGGUCACACAUGUAUAUUACAGGAUUUUUCCAGUUAAAGAUGUACCCCUGGAGACUGCUGACCUUACCGAUUGGCUCUAUCAACGUUUUAUUGAAAAAGAAGACCUCUUGUCGCAUUUUUAUGAAACAGGAGCUUUUCCACCUCUCAAGGGCCAUAAGGAAAUUGUUUCCAGAGAGAUGACCCUCAGCAACAUGUGGAUAUUUCUCAUACAGUCUUUUGCAUUUUUAUCAGGCUAUAUGUGGUACAACAUCAUUCAGUAUUUUUACCAUUGCCUGUUUUAGGAAUUGACUUGGACUUGUCAAGGUCACCAUAGGAGUUCAGACUUUCAUAAGUGUGCAUUAUUUUAGACAUGCAAAUCAGAAUAUUAAAAAAA